AUGGCAAUGGACGAUUCACAUUCAUCUCUGUUCAACCUAGGUAUUCUCGACACUCUCACCCAAGACGAACUUCACGAAAUCCUCGACAGCUACGAAGCCUUCUGCAACGCCACACAAUCUCUUCUCGGCGGUGCCGGCGACCUCUCAUACGGUGCUCAAUUUGUUUCCCAUGUUCACACCCUAUUCAUGGAGUUGACUUUAACCGAACAAGAUGCCGCUCAUUGGGUUUACAGAGGUGAAGGUGCUGCUAAUAUUGUUGUCUCAUACACUGGUUCUUCUCCUUCUUACAUUGGGAAAGUGAUGCGCAUUCGCAAGUCUCCAAGGAAGGCAUCAGCAUUACCGGGAGUGAGGAAUACCAUAGCUCUGUCUCUGCAUGAACGCCUCAUAUGGAAAAAAGUACAUGAACUUAUUUCCUCUUCAGAUAAGGAAAUUGCUGGUCAACUAUAUGUCGAUCAUGUAAUGAAGCCUUUGCUUGGAUCCAAAUAUGUUGAUGCUGGGUCUCACAUUCUAGUGACCAAAGAAUUCCUAAUGACUGUUGAGAAGAAUGUUGAUAGUCAGCGUCCUGCUUCGCGAGUUGAUGUUUCCCAGGUUGAUAAGCAAUGUGAUUUUGCUCUUCUCAUGUCGGAUCAUUCCAUCUUUCCUCAAGGUAUUGAGACACUUGCUUUACUACUUACCAUUUCUCUAUUUUUCAUUUGA